CACUCCCUGAACUCAAACACACAGAGCACCUGCUCCUGCUGCGGGCCCCAGUAGCAACUUGUUUCGCGAGCGCAACUGCGUCGCGGGACGCUUCGUUCUUCCCGCAACCAAGCCUUUUCAUUCACCAUGGCUGCUGUUAUGCAGCCCAAGGCUGCUGGGCGUGUCGCAAGAAAGCUCGGGUUUGACGACUGCAGUGUCGGCAACGUGCUCGAGGAUGGACAUGGGAAUGCACGGCCUUUCUCCACGCCCGUAGGGACGGUGGCGGUUCCUGUGCCACCACUGGCACCUAAGCUGUAUCCCUUCAGCACGCAGCAACUUGAGCCGAGCAGCCCCACACGCCACAACUUCUCGCACCCUUGGCCCGAGGCCGUCACCCCUAAGACCGUCGACUGCACGGCGGCUAGCGCGGCAGCUUGGUUCCCACGGAAGUACUUCUCGCGCAAGUGGAACCCGCUCACCAGUGUGGUGCACCUGCACCCCCGGCAGCCCGAGCGCAGCCGCAAGCUGCAAGGCACCUUCGACGCAGCAGCCGCCACCAACGCCGCACCGGGCCAGCACCAGCGGUCGGCAGGCGUGGCCGUACGCAUGGCUUACCAGCCGUGGCGCGCCGGCUGCUGGGAUGUGCUGCAGAAGUCCUCGAGCUCGACAGCGGGCGGCGGGGGCAGCGGCGGCGGCAGCAGCUAUGCAGUUCGGCGGGCGCUGCGCCGGGUGUGGUGGGUGGAGGGCCCUUGCCAGUUGUUUGGGACGCUGCUGCUUCACCAGCAGCAGCCGUGGACUCAGGAGGGGCAUCAGCUGCAGCUGCUGGUGCAGCAAUGCGCAUGGAAGCAGUCGAUCGAAGCGCUGGCCGAGCGAGCGGCGGCGGCGGCGCAGGGCAAGGGGAUGUGGCAGCGGCGGCGGCAGCCCGUGCCCCAGCAGGCGCCGCAGCUGAGGCCGCUUUCCACGCUACGGGAAGUGGAGGAGGAGGAGGAGGUGGACGAGGAGGAGAAGGUGGCGGUGGAGGAGAUGGAGGUGGCGAUGGAGAAGGAGGCGCAGGAGAAGCGGGCGGCGGAGGAGGCAAAGAAGCGGGCGGCGGAGGCGAAGCUGGCACGCAAGGAAGCGAUGUGGCGUCAGCACUUGGCGCAGCUGCAGCAGCAUGCCAUGCCGCAACAGCAGCAGCAGGAGUCGUUUACCGCUGAUGAGCAGGAGUCGCGGCCGCAGGAGCCGCAGGCACGGCAGCAGCCGCAGUGCCGGAUUCAGCACGACUGCCACGACGACGGCAAGCUUGUGGCUGAACGGGAGCAGAAGCGGCAGCGGCAGCAAGAACAGGGCCGGCGGGCGGACGGGCCGGCGCAGCACAGCAAGCGGCACCGUGGCUGCCGCGGCGGGAAGAAGGCUCAGAAGCGGCGCGCCCGUGACCGGCAAGCGUAGCGGUCGGUAGUAGUGGCAUGCAUCUGCAGGUCGGCGGCUCACCUGGCGGCGGCACGUCCGAUGCAGCAAUAGCUGUACAUGAGCGGCCGCGCGAGCGUCUGUGCGUCAUCAUGUCUGGCCCGCGAGCUAGGCUGCCCAGGACGCCGGCGCACCCCACCCCCCUGUUUGCACUGGUGUUGCUGACUUGACGGCAAGCGUGCGCGCGGCAGUGGCGGUACGGUGUGAAUGAGAAUGAGUAUGGAAGACCUCGCCCUUUGCGCGUUGCAAGUCGAGGGGAGCGAGGGCGUUGGCUUCGAAUGAGUAGCAGUUGGGCUGGUGCGUGGGUGUGUAGUUGGUACGGGUUAGGCUGGCGAAGCAACUUGGUGCCCAACGGCUUGUUGGCAGAAGUCACAAGACGUUUGGUGUCCUGCAAGACCAUUGUGACAGCAUGCCUCGUGGGUUUCCUCAAUGCAUGGAGUGGUUGGUUUUCAAUGCUACAAAAGACUGCUGCAUGGUUCUUACGACGGU